ACUCACGAACUCAAAACAGAGAUAACGUAGAGAGGAGUUUGAAGUGAUCCACCAGAGUGACUUUUCGGAUAGCGACACGAGAAAGCUCGCGAAAUAAUUCCACGUUCCUUGAUGGUCCCUUGGCAUUGAUCCGUAGGUCACGGUGGGGAACACGCGAUGGGUUUCGAGGAUGUCCGAGAACAGCUCCAGCGGAUGAUAAAGAGAGUCGACGGUCUCAACUCGAUCGUGUUCACCGACAGAGAUGGCGUUCCCGUUGUCAAGGUCUCGCGGAACAGCCAGGAUCAGGGAUUCGGCUUCGCCAAAGCAGAGCAAAUGGCGUGCUCGAUCGCGUCGCUCACACAAGCCGGACGACUCCAAAUGGGUCGACCGAAGUACGUCAUCAGUUGCAAGGAUUCGAGUCAACUCAUCUGUUUCAAUGAGAACCAGGUAUUCGUCCAUCUCUUCGCAUCCUCAGCCGCCACUACGGGAAUGCUCCUGUGUCUUGAAAAAGAGCUCACAGCCUUAGCUAGCGAUUUGAGCCGAGUUAUAGACAACUCUUAGGUAUCAACGAUAUAUCUCGCAUCGGAUCGAAUAUAACGAGCCGGUUCCGAUCCAUCUUCGAACCUGGAACCUGUUGGGAGAGAGUCCUUCUCUCUGUUUUUGAAUCGCAGGACAGGUUGGUGCUGUACGUGGUCCCCAAAAGUUCCAACACUGACAGCUCGACCCGAGCAUGGCUGCGACGAAGUCUCGAUAGCCCGAUCUGCGCGGAUGACCGUCUCCCCAUUUGGAGCAUCCUUUAGCUCCACGUCCGAGCUGAGACGGCUUAUGAAAAUGUCUGGUUAGAUUUUGAGCUCUCAGGUAUCACGGUUAUCGAAUGACGAAUCGCACUCGUUGAGGCUGUUGCAACUCAGGCACACUUUUGGGACGCGAUCUGUGAUUGUUCGAUGGGAGGUUGAAAUAAAGUUCUGGAGCGAUUUUCGUA